AUGAAGAAGAAUAUCACAAAACUGAUUUCAUCUUUAAAACAUAUGAAAAGUAAAUUUGGAGCUUCCACACUUUUGAACCAAGAUCAAGAAGUUAUUUUUGUGAUAAGAGUUCUUAGAGAGGCUAUAGUAACGAACAUAUCUAUCUUUCAAUCCAUUUUGUCUUUCUUAGCUUCCAAGUCAAAGGCAACCAAAUGGUUGAAAGUGACAAAGUUGAUGCAUAAAAAGGAAGUAUCAUGUGAAGAGAGUUUGGAGAACUUCAAUGAAUUGCAAAGCGUAGAAGCAUCUUUGAGAACCCUUUUAAGAGAAGGUUCUGAUGCUGCCAAGAUGCAGGCAACACAUGAAAGUUUGGAGGCUUUGGAGGAUGCAGUUGAAAGGAUAGAAAAUGGUUUGGAGAGUGUGUUUAAGCGUUUGGUGAAAGCAAGAGUUUCUCUUUUGAACAUCAUCACUCAAUAG